UGUAGCUAAGCUAAGCUGACGGUGGUUGUUUCUCCUGCAGAUCCUCUGAGCGGUGUGAUCGAAGGAAUCAGUGCCGGCAUGUUCCUCAUCGUGAUGAUGGUGGGAGUCACCGCUCUGCUCGUGUGCAGACAGAAGGCUCGUAAAGUUGUGGAGGAGAGAGCUACAGUCAGAAUGAGUGUGAGGAGAGAGAGACCCACAUCAGGAGUUCACCUGGGGGUCAGAGGUAACCGUCGGAUCUCAAGUCCCAUCAAGAUCCAGAACUUUGAGAGCCACUACAGCAAACUGCAGGCCGACUCCAACUACCUGCUGUCAGCGGAGUACGAGGACCUGAAGGACGUGGGUCGGAAUCAGCCUUUGGACUCGGCUCUGCUGCCGGAGAACCGUGGCAAGAACCGAUACAACAACAUCCUGCCCUACGACUCCACCAGGGUGAAGCUGUCUUACGUGGACGAUGAUCCGUGCUCCGACUACAUCAACGCCAGCUACAUCCCUGGAAAUAAUUUCCGUCGGGAGUAUAUCGCCACGCAGGGUCCUCUGCCGGGAACCAAAGAUGAUUUCUGGAAGAUGGUUUGGGAGCAGAAUGUCCACAACAUCGUGAUGGUGACUCAGUGUGUGGAGAAAGGCAGGGUGAGUAAAUUAAACACCAGGUGUAGUCGGGGUGAGGGCUGCUGACUGUACCUGUGUAAA